AAUUUUUUUAUUAUUUUAGUUUGAUUGUUAACUUUGGUAGUUUGACAGUUUAUAGUCUUUAUAAAUAAAAAAAAAUUGUAAGUCCAGAAAAUACUUUGUUUGGUUAUCCAGUUAAAGUAAUUUUUUUAUUAAUCCUCCACAAUUUGUAGUUAUAUGAAUAAUGUGUAUGAGAUGUAAUUCCUUGAAAAUUCUCAUUUUCAUUCUGUCCAUAAUGUUCAGGGAUUUUGAAGCUUUAUAUGGCACUUUCAUCGAAUGAAGACCAGGAAGUGAGUGGAGUUUAUUUAUUUGCAGCGGAGCGAUGGAGCAGUGCUGACGAAGGCAUGACAGUUGGCAGGUAAGACGAGGCCGAUGCGGCUCACCAGGCAGCUGGGUAGAAGGUGAUGAAGCAGCGAAGAAAUGGAUGUGUUGCUGGUACUGUUCCUCAUGCUGUUGUCCCUGGUGGCCGGCAUUCUGCUCACCGUCGCGGCCCAGUGGUUCCUCUUCAGCAGCUACGUAAUGCGGCUGCCCUAUGUCGGCCCGCCAGCCAAGCCCUUCGUCGGCCAAGUGCGCCUUCCUCAGAUGUUGAUAGAGGCGCUUCAGAGCAUUGAUGUCCCCAAGAAAGAGAGUUGUGUGGCGAUCAACUUGCUCUUCCAGUUCCUCUUCAAAGAACUUGCCACCACGCAGAAAGUGCGCCGCUGGUUCAGGCACAAACUGAGCUCGGAGUUUGAGGAGCUGCUUACGAGGACGACAACUGGGAAACUGUUUGACAAAGUUACAAUUCGUGACAUCCACUUGGGUACUCAUUUCCCGGCAGUGAAGAGCAUCACAGUGAAGGACACAGUGAUUCACGAAGGCACUCACCACUUGGACUUGCUGGAACUGUGUGUGGACUUGGAGUAUUCGGGAGGAUUCCAACUGUCCAUUGAUGCCAACAUGCUGUUGGGGAAAGCAGCAUUUUUGUCUGUGAAAGUGAACCAUCUGUCGGGCCUGGCGAGGCUGCAGUUCUCGAGGCACCCCUACACCCACUGGUCCUUCAGCUUCUACAGCGACCCGGUGUUGGAGCUGCAGGUGGAGUCUCAGUUCCAGGGCCGCCCCUUGCCGCAGAUCAACUCCAUCAUCGUCAGCCAGAUACGCAAGUCCUUGAAGAAGAAGCACACUCUCCCAUACUACAAGCUACGCUACAAGCCAUUCUUUGCGAAGUGUGAGCCCGGGGAAGGCGAAGACGAGUGGGCGAGCCACACAGUGUGCCCAGGAACCCUUCAGGUCACAGUGGCAGAGGUCACUAGGCUGAUGGCAUGCCUGGUUCAAGGGCCUAUUUACUGCUCCCUUGCAGUGGACUCGCUGGCCUGGGUGGAGAUGUUCCACUCGGAGACUUCCAGCUACGUGACGCUGGACCUGACGGUGCGCCGGCGCAGCCCGCAGCCGCUCGGCCUGGUGUUCAAGCAGCAGUUCGUGUCGGACCGCUACCAGGCGUGCGUGCUGGUGGAGUCGGUGGCGCCCGGCAGCCCCGCCGCGGCCGCCGACGUGCGUCGCUGCGACGUGCUGGUGGCCGUGGACGGCCGCAAGGUGGGCUCCAUGGCGCAGGCUGCCCGCCUCGUCAAGGGCGCCGGCGAGAGGUUCACGCUCCGCGUCGAGCGCAAGCUCGCCUGCCGCCUGCAGCUCACCGACAAGGACAUCAUCAUGGAGCAGGACGGCGACCCUCCUGCGUUGAAGGUCAACGAGACGAUGAAGUCAUCUUGCCAAAGCUCCGUUCCUGGAUCGCCCGUCCUGGGCCGGGCGGGGUUGCGCCAGCGACGUGGCUCCGGGGACAAAACUGAGAGUGACAGCAGCAGCUCUAGCCCCGCCUCUGUCCCAAGUUCCCCGGCAAGAAAACCAAGUGUACUGAACCAUUCGAACCAGUCGAGUCCCGAGCACCAAGCCAAAGCUAGCGAUAAGCGGUAUUCUCUAGAGAACAGGGACGAGAGGGUUGACGUGGAAGGCACCAGCAGUUUUCUGCAGAUUCACAGGACUAAGGAAAUUCCAUUCUGCCAGGUGAUGCAGUUUGAGGAAACGGUGUCGUUCCACGUGGCGGAGGACCACCGCUACCUGAACGUGAGCGUGUGGAGCAAGGCGGGGGCGGAGGGUGCUGCUGGGAAGCAGCCGCCGAGUCCCUCGCCGAGGGGGGAGAGGGACGUGCUCCUAGGGCACGUUAGCAUCCCGCUGGCUGCCAUCGCGGCCGAGUGCGGCUGCACUAGCCUGGGCCACCACAUUAAGAGCUUCUCCCUGCUCCCGCCGGACCCCCACACCGCUAUGAGCCAGUCCCACAAACUGUCAAGCCACUCGGGUUUCGAGCCAUGCCUGUGCUACGGCGACAUCCUGCUGUCCUUCCAAUACGCGUCCCGAGCAGGAUCCGGGCCGGCGCGGCUGCCGGUGACUCCCUCCGAGGCAGUUCUGCCACUGCCACUCCCUCAGCCCGGCCCGGCUGUGGACCCGGACCGAGCCAGCGAGCACGUUUUCAUCAGGACUCACUUCCAUCGCACCACCCAGUGCGAGUUUUGCGGCAAGAAGAUAUGGCUGAAGGAUGCGGUGCAGUGCCAGAACUGUUCCAUGACGUGCCACAAGAAGUGCGUGGUGAAGUGUCAGAGUGGCACGGUGUGCGGGGUCCAGAGGCGGGCUUCCACCGCCCCUACGGACACGACGGCACCGGACCACUUGGGUGUCCCGCCACAGUCCCGGAGAGGGUCGGCCCAGCCAGAAAUCAUCACCACUGCGGCCGAUGAUGACGAAUACGUGCAGCAGGCUCCAGGUCACCGCCGGAGAAUCGGUAGCCUGCUGGCGACGGUUGCAAGCGCCGCCCAGUCACGCGGGCUGAAGCGGGCCGGCUCCGCCCACAGCCUGGCCCUGCCCACCUCGGCUAGUUGUAGUCACCUCUCUCGUAGCCUUCCCCCUUCCCCCCAGCGCUCGCCCGGCGUGAGUCGCAAGGCAUCCCUGGCGGGCAGCCCGUUCCAGUUCCCCCACUCCCCUCUGGACGACGACGUCUCGGCGGCACUGGAGCACUUGCUGCAGCACCCCAACGACGAGGACCUCAUGAACAUAGCCAAGUCCACGGGGAAGGACCUGUACGCCAGCCUCUCCCUCACCGAGCGCAAGGAGAAGAUAAACAGCAUGAUAGUGAAGCUGAAGGCAGCGAUGGAUGCGGAGACGCAGUCGCGCAUGCAGCUGGCCAGGGAGGAGCAGGAGAACAAGGACCCGGAGACCAGCACGCGGGUGGCGUUCCUCAUCGGCAAGUCGGACCAGCGCGUGCAGGCCUUGGCAGUGCUCAUGCUGCACUUCUGCGCAGGCCUGCAGCACACCCAGGACCAGGACGAGUCCAACAAGGUGACCCACCCUCUUCCCUUUCUCCAAGUGUGGACGCCAACAUCGAGUGGCUGGUUUGCCUAUGGAACUAACUUUCAAAACGAACGUGUCUCAUGGCAGGUGCAACCAUUAUGGUGUCGAGUUUAGAAAAUCAAACACAGUAGUGUCUCGAUUGACCGAGUUUACUGUGGAUCAUGGCAACCUGGGUAAGCAAAAUCUUGGAUAACACAGCUGGCCCGAUAGUAUCAUUUUUCAGGGUUAUGUUUUCCAAUCUUUUCUUUGGUGUGGAUUCUUUCACGUCACUCCAUGAUUUGCCCAACCAGUAAAUGGCAUCUUUGAGGUUAAUAUUUUUUUAGGCUUUCGUCAACAGUCAGAUCGUUUCCUAGCUCAGCGGUUCCCAAUUUUUUUUCGGCUAGGGAACCCUAUGAUCAACUUUUAUUUUGGUGGAACCCCAACUCCAUCAAAGAAAGUUAUUUGACAAUAAUUGUGCCUGUUUUAUAUGACAUUCAUCCUGACUCACAGAACCCCUGUGACCCUGCCACGGAACCCCAGGGUUCUUCGGACCACCUUUUGGGAACCGCUGAGGUAUUCAAGCAAAUUUUUCGACAGUCUUUGCUGGGAAUGGCACUUUGUCGGCUCGGAUAAUACGAAACCUUGGUUAAUCGAGACUACUAUACGAGGGUUUUCUGAAAUGUUUCCAACCUCAAUAUGAGUAUGGCGGCACUCGUCAACAAAAAUUGGGGAAUGUGUUUGCUCAUGCUUUGGAAUGUACUCUCUGAAAUUUCAACUAGUUUGGACAUGCAUUUCUUUUUUAACAAAUGCAUGAGUUUGUGUGAGUCGAUGUGCAUGUUUUUGUUAAUAUGGAAAAUUGAGUAUCGAGCUUUCAUUGAAUAUUUGUUUUUGAAAGGCCAAUACACCUGCACAAAUUAAAAAUGAUUUGGAUGCUGUGUACUGGAACUCUGCACCAUCAUUUACCACAGUGAUAUUUGGACAGCUGAAUUUAAAUAUGACCAUACCAGCUUGGGUGACAAUGAAUGUUUGCAACACCAAAAACUGUGAUGGGGGAAUCAGCUUCAAAAAAGGUAAAGACUAUUCCUUUGGCCAGGAAAGUGGUGGUGAUUGUUUUCUAGGAUAGAUGUGGAGUUGUAUUAAUCGUCUUGGGGAGAAAAAAAAACAUGAUAGGAGAAUACUACACAUAAUUACUUAUAAGCUGAAGGCAGAAAUUGUAGAAAAAGGUUACAUUUGCAGAAACAAAAAAAAAUUUGUUUCACCAAGACAAUUCAUCACCUCACACCUCACCGGUUACCAUAGUGAAAAUCUAUGAAUUGUGGUUUGAACAGCUUGACCACCCUCCUUAGGCAAAAAAAUUUGCUUGUAGGACAGAGAGUUUUGUUGAAUGAGGAGGCCAUCACAUUCUUAAACAACUAUUUUACAGAGACUCGGGCAAACAACUGUCAAAAAAGAACUGCGCUUCCAAAAUUGCUGAAAUUUUAGAGUGUAUAUUCCAAAGAAUGCACAAACACAUUUCCCAAUUUUUGUUGACAAGUGCUGCCAUCUUCAUAAUGAGGUCAGAAACUUUUUCAGACAACUCUCGUACAUAUCUCUUUGUAUGAGGGAAAGUCAUCAAGUUAGUCACAACAAAUAAUUUUAUAAACUUACUGUGAUAAUCAUUUUAAAAUAUUUUGAUUUCUCAAUAUAAUCACUAAUAUUUAUGUGCUUAUCCCAUUGUUUUAUCAGUGCCCCAAUACCAUCUGCAUAAAAUUAUUUGAGUGACUGUCUGAGCCACAUUAGGACAUGCUGCUAUCCUAUCGCACAAUCAUCGAGCACCGUCCACCAUUUUUAAACUCAAUGGCACAUGUGUGUGAAUGCUACCUAGUCAUUAUGAAAUGAGUAUCACAAAUCUGUAUGAUCAUGUCAUCUAUUAAAAUUCUUGGAAAGUACAUGCUUCUACCUACAAGAUACGUAGUUCAAAUCAAUUUGUGACUCUUAAUGACCUUUCAUCAUAUGUCUUUAUUUUCAAUUGUGUGUGUUUUCGUAAUAUUUCUUCACUAUUAAGUUAAAAAUUGUAGUGCAAAAAAUAAAACUUUACAUUGAAUACUUUUUAUUACGUAAUAUCAAUAUGUGUUUGUCAAGUGCAACUUGUAAACUAAUACACAUGCUGUAGAUCUAUAUCCGUCAUUAGUCUAUGGUUUGAAUCCUAAACAUCAACCCACCGGAUCACGAAGCUAGCUGCAGAUCAUUGAGACUUAUCCAAAUGCUUUUGAAAUCAGCAUUCAAGAAACGUCACUGCCUGUAACUGUGUGUUAUUCAGUGCAAACAUAGCCAGGUUUACACCCAAUAAAUUAAGCUGUAAUGUAUAGAAAUUACAGUAGACUCCCGAUUAUCUGGGUGCAGGUUUGCGGAUUAACCAUGACAUAUUUUACUUCCAUAAACCAUAAACUCAAAAAUUUUUUUUUUUUUUUUUUUGUGAUCUAUUGAUGUGACAGAGCAUAUUAUGAUAUGACUCAAGACGAAAAAUGUAGCCAAACAUAAUGCAUACAUAGUUAGUAUGCAUCACACAAACUUCAAAACUGCUAGAGCAAAUUAUAAACACACCCCUGUAAGCCGUGCCUGCUUGUGUUCUACGUGCCCUUGUGAACCGCGCUCAGGUUGGCGCUGACACGGCACAGCUGUUGCCUGACUCGCGUGGGCGAUAACUGGCCUGUGUAGUUUCGAGGCAGCAGUUGCAACGCAGCUGUAUUUUUUUUUCUGUUUUUAUCUUUAGACAGUAAUGUCUAAAGAUAAAUGCAAAUUAAAAAUUAUCGACCAGCUAGACGUCAAAUACGGCUAUGUUUUAGUGAUGUGCACUGCAACUUUUUCCUAUAAAUUACGUCUAACACUUAAGUACCCAUUAUGUACAACCUUAUACACUGUAUCUCUAGAUAGUUGGGUUAAAUUUUUUUAAACCAAACAGGUUUUUUCGACAUUAUUUUAACCAUGUUUUUUGUUUAUCCUUGAAUCCCUUGCCUGUCAUUACCUUGGAUAGUCUGGAGUCUACACUACAGUGAAAGGUCUUCUAUACAGUGCAUUCUGGCUAUACAGUGCAUUCUGGCCCACUGCCAUGCUGGAUUAUGGAACGUCAAUGUAGUGUUUACAAUAAUUCCAAAUGUGAAAUGUAACUAGUUUAAAAAAAAACUGUACUGAAAUGAAAACUGACUGUAACAAUAAACUCCACGUGAAUUAAAAACGUAGACAGUGCAGUCAUGUGACCGGGCGGUCCAGGUCAACAGCUGGAAUGCACCCAAAAAUAUCUGAAUGUGACAGCUCAAUUGGUGCUGGAUUAAAGAAUCUGCAGAACAAUAGAAUACCUAAUUGAAGACCUUUCGCUGUAGCUCCACAUAACUGUAUGUCUUAUUUAACACGCUACAUUAAAAUUACUGAGGUAUGCCCGUUCUCAUUCAUGAACUUACAACUAAGGUUUGGUGUAAAUAUAAUAUACAUUUACAUUUGUGAUGAUUGGAUAAUUUAAUGUUUGAUGCAUGAGGAAAAUUUUAAUUUGCCAUCUGGUGGAGGUAUAAUGAAAUGUAUAUUUAAAGCAUGAACCACGAGCUUCCAAGUUAUAAAUAAGUCUCAGUAACUGGUUUGUAGGAAAAUGGUUUCAUGGUUUGUCAUUAAAAGUUUGUUUUAAAAAAUCUUGUAUUUUCCCCGUCCUGCUCCUUCCCCCCCCCCCCCCCCCAAAAAAAAAAAAAAAACAACUCAUACACACUUGUGGAUAUGUUUUACAGCAGUUUGGUGGACGAAGAAAUAAAAAAAUGCAUUUAAAUACUAUUUUAUUUAUAAGGAUUUUUCAUCACAUAUCCAGGAGUAAAAGUCUCUGAAACUUUCUUUAAAGUUAUUGCUAGAAAGCUUUUUAGUUGUUUUAGUUGUUGUGGCACCAAUUGGCGUAUUAUAAGAUGUGAACUUUUUUGAGAUGGACUGUAAAUUAUUUAAUGUAAC